UUUUGAAGUUUGUUUCUAGUCCGAGCUCGUUUGAUUUUAGACCAUUUUGUGCUGUAAACUAUUUGCCUAGAACGAUGUUUUCACCCAAAGGUGGCUUUUUGGAAAUUCAAGCGAAGAAAUCAAGUCGCAUUUUGUUUUUCUCUUUUUCUACUUGUAGCUGAGCCCCUUGCAAACUGGAUGAUAAACACUUCGAACGUUGGUAUGGCUACCGUAGACGCCGCAUGGCCUCAUUAUUCCUCGGGUCUAAACGAAGAGCUGUUCUUGUAUGCGGUGGUGUGCACACCAACUCUUCGUGAAGCUGGACCCACUAUACUAACCGUGGAACCUGGUGUGAAUAGCUCAAAGGUAGAGCGGCUGCGCCCUUACACGGAAUAUACAGCACAAGUCAUUGCUUUGGUCAAAAUUUACCCAGGAGGAGAGAUCAGUUUUAAAGGAAGCGCGGAAGCAUAUUUUAAGACUGACGAGGGAGUUCCGAGUAAGCCUCCGGGAGACAUUAAAACAACUACAGACGUCGGCAUCAUCCGCGUUACAUGGCGUCAUGUGCCAAGUGACGGUGUCAAUGGAGUGUUAUUUGGAUACAAGGUUUUUUACAGAUUGUCCGACGAUCGUGGAGAUGAAGACAAUGGUGCACAGUAUUCUGAAGUAACUGUCGGACCCACUGACUUACAAGCAAGCAUAGAGGGUCUGAUCAACAGUGAAACUUACGAAAUAAGAGUUGCAGGUUUCACAAAAGCUGGAGUGGGAGUCGUCAGUGAGGCUGUCUAUGCUCGACCAGGUGACUCGCAGUUCCGGCUCUCCUUGCUAUAAUACUAUUACGAUCUUACCUUUGUUUCAUUAUUUAAAUGCGAUCUGAAUUAAUACUUUUAGUUCAAGAGCAUCAAAAAGCUUCCUAUGGCCUAUAAAUCAGUACUUCAUCUGUCAACGAAUCAACUGUUAUGGGAAUUUUUCUGCCAUUAGAUUUGAAAUCAUUCUAUCUACAAAAACAAAACGAAACGAAACGAAGACAAAACCAAAAAAACACAACAAAAACAUGACCUCCCCUGUCUUUAUUCAGAUUCGGCAAGGUUUAACGAGUUC